AUGUCCACCCGCUCCAAGAGAGCCAUCGAGAGCGACGUCGACGAUGCACGCGAGCGGUUUGUAGCGACCAGGCGCCUGUCAAGGUUAGAUCUGGAAGAAGACACGAUCGUGUUUCAAGUCUUCGGCCUGAGCGGAGAUUUCACUGCGUUCCUGUCGGAUCCAUAUCCAAUGGAGGCCACGGUCGUCUAUGGACCUGAUGACUUCGAGUUGCAGACCAGUGGAACAAUAGAGGACACGAUUUUGGCAGUUCUGUCAGAGUUGAAGUCCCUGGAAGCGAAGCCGGCGAAGGACAGACAUCACAUCGGAUCCAACGCGGAAUCUGCAGAAUCCAGUGAUGAGGAGAUGAGCUGGGUCGUGACCGAUCGGCCACCGGAACCUGCAUUACAAGCCGACAUAGACUCGGUUCAGAAGCUGUUUGGCGACGGUGCGGUUGUGCUGACGCAACUAUGCCUCACGACGUAUCGUGUGCGACUCUAUGUGCCGAUCAAGUGUGCGCUGCUGGACACAAGAGUCUGCGCCGCCUGGGGUUUGAAGCCAGAUGUACCCGUCUGUGUGGAUAUCUGCCUGCCUGUGACUGGAUAUGCAAUGGGAGUUGUGGAGCCGUCAAUGCUCGCACAGGUCAGGCAAGAGGGUUUCCCAGAAUUUGGGCUGGAGAAGCAGCUCAUGCAGAUUUUGGCAGACUUCUGUUCGGUUUGCAAGAGCCGGGCGUGGGAGAGCUUUGACUGUGUACAUGAGUCUGUCGAUGAGGAUGCUCCUGAAAAGCUGUUUCGUCGUUUCGAGCUGAAGAAACAAGAACUAAUGCUGCAAGCUCUGGGCGACAGGGAGCUCGGUUUUCUGAGCUGCCUGGGAAGAUACUUGCAGCUGCGCAUGCCAACGUUGAAUGAGUAUUGUGCAAUCUGCGACGCCCCAUUCAUGCUCCCACCCAUGAUGAUGCGCGCAGUGUGCCCACGUGAACUAUGCACUUAUCAAUUUGGGGAGUUUGGUAGUAAGAUUACUUCUGCCGAGGGGCUGAACAACCAUGCAGAAGUCGUUGACUUGCUGGUCUGCAUGCUUGUGGCGGCAGCAAAGUCUUCCAGGAGGCAUAUGAUUCUGGAUCCCUAUCCGAAUGUGUAUGUGGGAGAGCAGCUGCAAGUGGUUUUGCACCCAAACAGCAAGGAUUUCAACAAGUUGGAGACUUACGUGCGGGAACUGGAAGGCAUACGUGCGCGCAUAGGCAACCAGUUCGGCGCUUCCUGGUCUGCCAAGACGUCGUCCAUGUCCGCAGAGGCUGCAGCUCUGUUGAAGUGGACGGUCGCGUCGAACAGGUCCUUCCUGGCACCUUUGCAGGACGAUGAGCGCAUUCCAGCAUUCAGGACCCCUUUCCAGUAUCUUCUCAUCUCUGCGCCACCUGCCAAGGAAGCACGUUUCCAGGAAUUGAAGAAGCAAUUUCGCACUUCCUUUGCCUUUCAUGGCAGCCCAUCCGAGAAUUGGCAUUCUAUCCUGCGCAAUGGCCUGAAGAAUGCAUCCAACACAAAGUUGAUGACAUGUGGAGCUGCGCACGGCGCUGGCAUCUACCUCUCCACUGACCCUGGGACCAAAGUAAGUGUGUAUGCUUUUUCCUCACAAAAAAUCCCCCUGUGA